AUGGUGGAAAGUGCGGAUGUUUUGAAAUGGUCGAGACAUACGAGGUACACCCCCUCGAAAAAAUUUUCUAACAAGUAUUGCAGGUCUCAUCGGGAGAGGGGUCACAAUACCGAGGAGUGUUUUCAGUUAAAAGAUGACGUCGAGAGACUAGUUAGGCAGGGAUAUUUCCGAGAUCGCGUCCCCCGAAAUUGCAAAAUCAGUGGGAAAGGAAGGAGAAGCAGGUCAAGGAGCCAAGAUCGAGAUCGGAACCCAGGUCCCUCGAGAACUGAGAGGACCCCGGCCGGCGGGAGCAAUGCACCCACAGAGGGAGUAAUAUACACGAUUGCAGGAGGGUCGAGCGCUGGAGACUCGAGUCGAACACGGAAAAGGUGCGCUCGAGAAAGGGAAUUCGUGCUGAAGGUGGAGGAUGAAGAGGCCAUCUCGUUCGAUAGUUCUGACAGAUUGAAGGAUGGCGGGGAUCAGAACGACCCUAUGGUCGUCAAGUUGGAUAUCGCGAACUUCACUGUCCACAAGGUGCUGAUCGACAGUGGCAGUUCAGCGGACGUCAUUUUCAAGAGCGUGGUGGAUAAGAUGGGGCUAGAGAACGCACGGCUCGAACCCAUAAAAACCGCGUUAGUGGGCUUUGGAGGAACCGAAGUGGCCUCACUAGGGACGAUCGAGCUACCAGUGUCCAUGGGAGAAUAG